AUGAAUGUACAACUCCGCAAGGUAGAGCUGCCUACCUUUGAUGGGGAUUUUUCCACCUAUUAUGAUUUCUGGGCCAAAUUCAAGACCGCGGUCCACGAUAAUCCAUCCCUAUCUACCGCUGCCAAAUUUAUCCAUCUUAGUAGCAGCCUUAAAGGUAGCGCCGCACUUGUUGUACAGGGGUACGACAUAACCAAUCCCUCCAACUACCAUCUAGCCAUUGAAGCCCUACGCAGACGGUAUGACCGUCCGCAGUUCACCCAUAAUUUCUUUUUGCAGAAAUUAGAGAACUUGCCAGCGUCGUCUGCCGCCGCUUCAUCGCAGAGGGACACAUUAUGCCAGAUCCAAGCGUGUAUCCUGCAGCUCAACCGCUUCGAGGACACGUCAACAUCGCUAUCGCUCAAGAAACUCAUUCGCAGCAAGUUCCCGCGAGAGACUCAGCUGGAAGUGAACAGGAUGGAACACCGGUCAGGUACUAUUUGGAAGAUGCAUGAGUUUCUUGCUGGUAUUGAUGUGUUUAUUCAAGAACUUGAGAAACUUGACGAUAGCCACUGUCCUCCACUUAACCACGAUCAACCCUAUUCCGCAUUAUCCACCACAUACCGCAACCGCUCACCAUCUCCAGAACCACUUUAUGAUCCGCAUAGAUGUUGUUUCUGCGGGUCGAGGAGCCAUCGCUCGACCCGCUGCACCACAUCUAUGCAGACCUACGUUCGCCGUAUGAUAGUCCGGAACCUGGACCUCUGUUGGAAAUGUGUCCAACCAGGGCACAUGGCCAACUCUUGCCGGGCUCCGAACUGUCGUUACUGCCAACGUAACCACCACACCAUUCUUUGUUCGUAUUCAUCUGUUUCGCGUUUUUCUCGUGAUAGGUCUAGGCGUUCUAAUGAUAAUCGUCGUAAUAGUCGUAAUAGUGUUCGUUAUGAUCGAUAUGCUUAUCGUUCUCCCCGCGGACGGUACCCUUCUAGGGAAUCGUCCCGGGAAAGAAGUUCUUCACGCUAUUCCUCUUCAUCGUACGAUUAUCCGUAUUCACCAUCUAGGCGCCAUCCCCGCGAUAGAGACUACCACCAUCAGUCUCAUCGCAACCAUUCUCCCUAUCGUAGAUCUGAACGUGAUUCAGAGCGAAUGCGCCACCGCAACCAACGCCGCCACUCACCGUCUCCAUCUUCAGCACCUUACGGGGUCAGAUUUCGUGCUAAUCCGCGCGAUAGUCUCUCACCCGUACGCCGCAGAAACCACUCCAGCCCAGAAUCCAGUAGCCACGUCGCCGAUACGGACGAUGAGAUGCAUAACGCACUUGAUUGCCGUCCGGUCGACGACCCCACCACCCUUACCACCUCAUCCAACCACCAACGCCCUCUUCUUAUGACUGUUAAGGCUCACAUUCGUAAUCCUAAGACGAAGACCAUUGAAACGGUCAACGUCAUGCUGGAUUCAGGAGCCCAAAACAGCUUCAUAAGCAACGCAGCCACUAAACGCCUAUCCCUUAAACCCUAUGACCACAAGCCGCUGACCGUCAUCGGAUUCGGAGGUCAUCGUUCGACCCAAGAAUCCGGUACAGUCGACGCCACCCUCUUAGAUGCCGCAAACAAACCAUUCCCCGUAACCCUACGAACUCAGGAAGUUCUAACUUCCCAGUUCAAACCAUAUCGUCUCAGUAAAGAAGACAAACACGCACUCCGCAUAUUCCGCAUUAACCCAGACAGCCUUACCAUCAGUCGCCACGUUACGCCAGAUAUCCUGCUGGGUAUCGACUACUUCUGGGAGAACCAUCUAACCACAUCACCAUCUACACCACAUCGCUCUGAAGACGACAUCACCCGUCUAUGGGACCUCGACCGUUUAGGCAUAACCGAGGAUCCCGAUCCCUCUGUCGACAAGGAAGAGGACGCACGGAUCCUGAAACGUUUUCAGGAUACCGCCCAGAGCCAAUACCGUUCCUUCCAAACCAAACCAACCCUUUGGAAAACAUAUGCCGCAACCUUUACGGACUACCUGGAGCAGGGCAUAAUAGAGGAGGUCGACGAGCACCAGUUCGACGACCACAGAGUCUAUUAUAUCCCGCAUCAGGCAGUCAUAAAGGAAACAUCGGCCACCACUAAAUUGAGAGUCGUGUUCGAUGCGUCCUCCCACUACAGAGGCGCACCGAGCUUAAACGACUGUCUUCACUCUGGCCCCGCAAUCCUACCAGAUAUGGUAGGAAUCCUCCUCCGUAGCCGCUUAACACCCUAUCUCCUUAUUGCCGACGUAGAGAAGGCUUUCCUCCAGAUUCGUCUACAACGUAAUCAACGGGAUGCCACUCGUUUCCUUUGGCUUCGCAACCCUAACCUACCACCAACUGCGGAUAAUCUUCGGAUCUUCCGGUUUACCCGCGUACCAUUCGGUAUAACCGCAUCACCAUUCCUUUUAGCCGCAUCCAUACUGUAUUACCUCCAUCUUGAACCAUCGAAGCCACUCCACAAGGAAAUCGAGGACAACAUCUACGUCGACAACAUCCUUCUUAGUGCCUCGUCCGAGCGACAAGCCAUUAAGAAGUACCGCUCUUCCAAAUCCCUAUUCAACUCCAUGCACAUGAACCUUCGGGAGUUCUUGUGCAACUCUAACACCGUUAACCAGUCCAUAGAGCCAUCUGAUCGAGUCAGGAAUCCAUCCUCCGUGAAGCUCCUUGGUAUUCCCUGGAAUUCACGCACCGACACCCUUCUCAUACCACUUAAAACCGCAUCCGCGAAUGUGUACUCGAAGCGCACAGCGCUCAGUGCAUGUUCAUCCACCUUUGAUCCACUUGGUCUUCUCAUACCAUUCUUAGUGCCCUUCAAGGUAUUCAUCCAGGACAUCUGGAAGAAGGAAUACCAGUGGGACACUCCAUUUGACCAAGAGGACCAACAGCGAUGGGACGAAUUGGUCCAGCAGCUCAAACAUCCGUUGCCACCAAUUCCACGUUUCAUCGCUUCCGCAAACCGCAACACCACUUAUGAGCUCGCAGUCUUUGGAGACGCCUCACAACGUCUCUUUGCCUGUUGUGCUUACCUUAUUAGCCGCUCACCAUCAACCACUUCUUCACAGCUAAUCAUGGCUAAGUCAUUGUUAGCAACGGCUAAACUCCAGAUGACUAUGCCACGAUUAGAGUUGCUUGCAUCCCUAAUAAGUGUGCGUCUAGCACGCUUCCUCCAUCACCAACUCCAUCUUAAAAUCCGCACUAUCCACUUCUUUUCUGACUCGAAGAUAGCGCUCCAUUGGAUCCACUCAUCUCGUCCACUUAAACGGUUCGUUCAGAAUCGAGUGAACGAGAUCCGCACCAUUCUAACCACUUUCCGCAAGACAGACGUUCAGACGAAGUUCUACUAUGUGCAGUCAGACUCUAAUCCAGCUGACUGUGCAACUCGUGGACUUUCGACCGCUGACGCUGUCAACCACAUCUGGUGGCAUGGACCAUCUUUCCUUCGUGCUCCACAGUCGGAUUGGCCUAAGGCCGAUACGGACUUUGCCCUACCUCAGGAUCUUUGUCCUGAGGCGGAGCACGAGUUUCAGGCCCUUAGUGUCCUUCCGACACAACCAUAUGAAUCACCACUCCGCUUCCGUGCCACUAGUAGUUACCUUAAGCUCAUUCGUUCAACCGCGUAUGUGCUUAAGUUCAUCAAAGCCCUAUUCCUAAGAAGCUGCAUCCGCAAUUACACCCUUAACCUAGCCACUGUUGUACUGUCCAAGGACGUUUCAGCCUCGGAGAUCACCAACGCGGAAACUCUCCUCAUUAUGGAGCAUUACCGCGAGGGCGAAUCCACGUUGAAACGACUACCAUUGGAUAAGUACAACGCUCAUCGCGCUGCAGAUGGAUUGAUCCGAUGUCCGAAUCGAUUAGACCAUGCUCGGACUUCGUCUCAGUCAUCUGCACCAAUCCUUCUUAUUCCGGAGCACCACUUUGUCCAUCUUCUCGUUAUGUACCACCACAAAACCAGGUUCCAUUCAGGUGUUCAUGCCACAAUAGCCGCUCUCCGCACAUCAUAUUUCAUCCCUUCCAUAAAAACCACCGUCACCAGGAUCCUUCGGCUCUGCACAGUAUGUAGAAGAGCCCAAGGACACCCUUACCGCUAUCCUGAGAUGCCUAGUCUCCCUCCGGAACGAGUCAACCGCUCUAGACCGUUCCAGAAGGUUGGACUAGACUACUUAGGACCACUUUACUAUAGAGAUCAGCUCCAUUCUCAGGCCAAGAUUUGGAUCUGUCUCUUCACCUGUAUGGCAACCCGCGCUGUACAUCUCGAGUUAGUCCAUAACAACACCGCAUUCGAGUUUUUACUCGCCUUUCGCCGCUUCAUUGCUCGCAGAGGCACUCCGGACCUCAUUAUCAGCGACAAUGCCACCACUUUCCGCUCAGCCAACGAUUCCCUACAAAGCACCAUCUAUAACCGCAAAGCCAUAGAAAAGAUAUCCACUCAACUCGCCAACCGCAAGAUCGAAUGGAGGUUCAUCACUCCUCUUUCCCCAUGGAAAGGAGGAUUUUAUGAACGUCUAGUCGGUCUCUUCAAAUCCGCAUUCAAAAAAGCCAUCAAACAUACCCUAUUACCACUUUCGCAAUUUCAGACCCUGGUUGCAGAAAUUGAAGCAGUGCUCAACUCCAGACCACUUUUAUCCAUCAGUGACACAUCAUCUUCACCGCAUGUCCUUCGACCAAUAGAUUUCGUCUCACCGCAAGUGGAACUCCAAUUACCAUCUCCGCACCACAACCCUCUCUACAUCCCUCCAAACCGUCUUUCGGAAUGGUACAAGGAGACACUUGCCGUAUUGAACAACUUCUGGGACGUUUGGUACAAGGACUACUUAUCCGCAAUAUCCGCACGUCACCAACACCGUAUCCAUCAAGGAAGGUCCAGUCCACUCAUUCCAUCGGUAGGAGACGUUGUUCUCAUUGCCGAUAAGAAUGUUCCACGUGGACAAUGGCCUUUAGCCAUCAUAACCAUUAUCCACCGCACCAAAUCCAACAUACCCAGAUCAGCCACAGUCCGCAUUGCAAACGGUCAUGAGUUGCAGAGAUCGAUCAAUCAACUACAUCCAUUGGAGAUUUCUGCAAAGGAAGACCCACGACCGAAGAAGAGCCGCCAACAACUGCAACCCACAAGGAUCCAACCACCACGAGCAGCCAAACGGGUACGAUUCGCACUUGGUACGAAGCGAGCGUGA